AUGGCCGGAGAGCUGAUUUUAUUUCUCAUUGGCUGUCUACUGAAAGAAGUCAAUCCAAGCAAGUUUGAGAUAUCUUUGCUGCAGACUAUUGAUGUCUUUAGAGGGUCCUGUGUGACCAUACCCUGCUCCUUUGAUUUUGAGGAUGACUAUAAAGAACAUUUCAAUGACCAAUAUAAUCCUCUCUUACCAACUCUGACUCCGUCCACUCUGGAGGUGAAGGAGGGAGACUCAGUGAGUCUGACAUGCUCUGCUCCGGCUCCCUCCAACCUCAUCGCCCCAACUUUGACGUGGUCCCCCACACUGGGUGGCAUUCAGGAAAUACUGCAGGAGAACCAGGCUAAAACUAUAUUUAAGACUUCUGUUCUUAAAUUCACUGCUUCUCGCCUCCAUAUUGGACAGAACAUCUCCUGCUCUGCUGUCUACAAGAAAAGAGAUGGAAGUUCUGAUGCACCACUUACCACAAGUUUAAUGCCACACGUUUUGUUUCCUCCUUGGAUCCUGGCUUCGUCUAAUUGUAUCAAAACUGAAAGUCAGAUCAACUGUUCCUGUGAAACUAUGGGUAACCCAUCCAUGAUACAAUGGCUUUUGGAUGGACAACCUGUCAACCAAUCUGGCAAAGUUACUGUCAUCACCGAGCCUCUGAAUACCACAUAUCUGAGGAGUGUCGUCAUUUUGAAUCAAGCACAGCACAGAUAUCUUUCCUCCUUGGUCUGCAUCAGCUUCAACUCUUUGGGAUCAGUGUCUAAACAGUUUCAUUUUGAAAACUUUAGUCAAGAUAAACAGCUGAUGUUUGUGUUCAUCUCUACAACUGUCAUCUUACUUGUUCUAGUGUGGGUCUUGGUGUUCGUCGUCAGGUUUAAGAAGACACAUCAUAACCCUGAAAUUGAUACACUUGCAAGAAAAAAGGUUUCAUGCACAACAGAAGGGGACAUUUAUGUCAACACCAGCGAGAUGAUGUACGACACGUAGUUCGAUCUGCAACUGGUGGACACGGAUAAUCAUUCACAUUCUGCUUGGUGAUGUUUUGUGGAUGCUUUUGAUCAGAGAAACUAUCAUUAAAUGUUAUUUAUCAGUUGUCAUUUAGAAAGUGACAUGUUCAGUAGAGGAAUGAUGAGAGAUAAUAAACAUGUCCACUUGACUGUUCUAUAGAUUUGUUCUAAGUAUGAUUUAAAAAAAAUGUAAGGUCACUAUUGUUACGUUUAUGCAUUGUCUGUUCAUAUGCAUUGGGAAAAGAUGAGGUGAGGCAGUGAGGAACUGUGUCUCCCCUCUGAUUGCUCUGGGUUGUAUACACUGACUUUCAACAAAGUGUUGUCAGUUGAAAGUUAAUAAAAGCUUCAAUAGGUCUUGUGGCUGUUUUUCUUGUUAUUACAAUUCAGGCUGGGACGGCCUUUCUCUGGCCAGGGUGCCUGCCGUGGGCCUGGACCACUCCUCAGUCUGCCCAUUCUUCUUUCCUGGGGCUUCCUAGGAGAGGGUGGCUAGCCAGCCACCCCUGCAAGCUACACCUCUGUCUACACCCACUUCUGCCUGGGACAUCUGGAGGAGAGGAGGUGGCUGGGGAAGCCAGCCACGCUGACCAGCAAUCAUGCGGGCCUCACGAGACUCGAAUGCCCAAUAGCUGCCCAGAACAGCCCUCCUGCAAACUCAUCUCCCCAUGCUUUAAUGAAGUGACAAAGGGGGGAGGAAUCCUUUGUUCCGAACGUCCUACGGAGUUUGGAGGUUCACCGGCCAGAAUCAGGAGCUAAGUUGCAGUCAAAAUUCUGCACAACCAGCCGCUGAAGUAAAAAAUGCCGAAACAGCUUUGUUUAUUUUGUCAACUGUUGCAGGAAAGCGGACUCAAGACAAUGCGGAUCUGUCACCUUCCCUCACCAAACAAGCUGAGAGCUCAGACUACUAAAGGGACUUCAGACCAGGCCUCCCCCCCGACCACAUUUCGGCUAGCUCAUGGCCACAUGUCUGCUGCUGCUACCCUUUUCGACAGCGGGGCGAGCAGCCUA